GUAAUGGUGCAUUAACUGUGAUAAUUUUAUUACUGUUAUUAAUACCAGCUACUUCAUUGAUCUUCUAAUCCAUGAGAAUAGUAAUAUUUUUGUAGAUACCUUUCAACAAGUAUGGCUAAUAUUAAUAUUGGGAAUUGCUCUAAGUCGGAACAGUUUAUGUUUUUUAAUACCCUGACGGGAUUAGUUAAAAAUUUAGAAAACAAGUAUACUACGAUCGACUUGAGAAAUGAAUGCCUUGUUAUUGGAAAAAUUGUAGCAGUGGAUGGUAUCAUGAACAUUGAAAUGGAAGAUGUUAUGUUUUAUGAUUCAAGUGAAAAUUGCAGGUUUUUUCCUUCCUUCUAUAUAAAAUCGAGAAACAUAAGGAGAAUUCAUAUUCCUGAAAGAUAUAAUGGAGUUACACUACUGCAAGAACAGUUCAAUUCAAUGUAUAGACCAAAAAGAGUCUCCAAUUCGAAGAAAAUAUUCAAAGUUUCAAGAGCCCAGAAGUACCAAGCUGAAACUACCGCUUAUGCUUUCCAGAAAGCCUAGGACAUAGUAAAUUUUGUCAUGUUCUUCAAUUUCAUAUCCAAAACUGUAUUUUAUGUAGAAUUUCGUAAAAAUAAAUCCUUUGAAGGCAUGAUGUGCAUUUUAUUGCUU